AUGAGGAAGGAGAUCCUCACCCUGGCCUUCGCCCGCGCCGUCUUCGUGGAGUUCCUCUCCACGCUCAUCUUCGUCUUCAUCGGGCUGGGCUCGGCGCUCAAGUGGCCCUCGGCGCUGCCCAGCAUCCUGCAGAUCGCGCUGGCCUUCGGCCUCGCCAUCGGCUCCCUGGUGCAGGCCUUCGGCCACAUCAGCGGCGCCCACAUCAACCCGGCCGUCACCAUCGCCUUCCUCGUGGGCAACCAGAUCUCCUUCCCCCGCGCCCUCCUCUACGUGCUGGCCCAGCUGGUCGGGGCCAUCGCCGGCGCCGGGAUCCUCUACGGCGUCACCCCGGCCAACACCCGCGGCAACCUGGCUGUCAACGCCCUGCACAACGAGACGUCCCCGGGGCAGGCGGUGACGGUGGAGCUGUUCCUGACAUUCCAGCUCGUCCUCUGCAUCCUGGCAUCCACGGACGAGCGGCGGGAAGAUCCCGUGGGAUCGCCGGCCCUGUCCAUAGGGCUGAGCGUGGCCGUGGGACAUCUCCUGGGGAUCCGCUACACCGGCUGCUCCAUGAACCCCGCGCGCUCCUUCGCCCCCGCCGUCAUCGUCGGGGACUUCAGCGACCACUGGGUCUUCUGGGUGGGGCCGCUGGUCGGGGCGGCCGCGGCCUCGGUGCUCUACAACUACGUGCUGUGCCCGCAGCCCCGGACGCUGCAGGAGCGCUUGGCCAUCCUGCGGGGCCAAGAACCCGAGCCCGACUGGGCGGAACGCGAGGCCCGGCGGCGACAGUCGGUGGAGCUGCACUCGCCGCACCCCCCGCCCCGGGGCAUGUCCGAGAAGGUGUAACCGCACAAAAACCCCCCUCCCCUCCGACGGGCCGGGAGAGGGGCUGGAAACCUCUCGGAGCGCUCGCCCGCAUGAGCUUGUCCCCCCUCUCCCCUCUCUCUGCCGCUUCGCGCCGCGUCUCCCGGGGGGGGCGCGGGGUCGCUGCGACCCCCGUC